AUGUCAAUAACAUCCAUCUCUGACGCUCACAAAGUUGAUACCGGGAUCAAGACCGUCGAAGCCACGUACAAGGUCUAUGGGAAAUACUCCAAGUGGUUUUUGUUCAUCGGCUUGGGAUUAGCUUCAUACAUCUACUCUUUAGAGAGCCAGACAACAUACUCGUAUCUCGCAUUCGCAACGUUCGCUCUGAACGACCAUAGUUUAAUUGCUACAAUCCAGGUUGCACAAGCGAUUAUCCGUACGUUCAUCGAGUCUUGUAAAGUGCCUAGCCUCUGGUUCUGCCUAGUCGCGACGUUUAAGCCUGUGAUAGCACGUUUUGCUGAUGUCACCUCUCGAGGAUUCGCUGAUAUCGUAGUCUUGAUCUGCUAUGUUAUCGGCUACAUCGUUAUCGCUUCUGCAAAACGUGUCGAGGCCGUUGCGGGUGGUAUAGUGCGGCUAUACUGGCCUUCAGCUCCUCACGCAAAUCAUUAUCGCCGACAUUACAGUCUUGAAGUGGCGUGGCCUUGUUUCUGGAUUAAUUUCCCUCCCGUUCGUCGUCAAUGCAUUCGUUGGCGUGCACGUCUCAACUUCGACGGCAUGUUCGCAAUCCUGGUCCCAGCGGCUCUAUCUCCACUUAUCGUUACCCUUCUCUGCGCUGAACGUAAAGCGAAGAAACUCGACCUCACGCACGCGACACCGAAGACAGGGGUCUUCGAACUUGUGCGCCGCAUGGAUAUUUUUGGCUUGAUGCUCCUCGGAGCCGCGGCCGCUCUCAUUCUGCUUCCGCUCACGCUUGCCAGGAGUGCAGAGAAUGGAUGGAACAAUCCUUCCAUGAUAGCCAUGAUCGUCGUCGGCUUUGUUCUAGUCCCCAUUUUCGUGAUGUGGGAGAGAUACGUACAAUAUCCUGUCGUUCCUAGCAAAUAUUUGAAGAAUCGAAGUGUUGUUCUUGCCGCAUUCAUUGGAUUCUUUGAUUUUGUCCUCUGA